UCUCCUCUCCUCUCCUCUCUCCACCCCCGCAGCUGCAACAAGACAAGCCACAUCUACAUACAUCCCCAUCCACCCCCGCCCUCACGCGCCACCACCACCACUGAACCAGAGAGAGAGAGGGAGGGAGGGCAGACAGGAAGACAGAAUUGGCCUGCCAAGAAAACAAAAGAGAGAUCAAACCAAACCAGACCAACCAAGAGGAGAAUUGCCAAGAAACACACAGAGAGAGAGAGAGAGAGAGAGAGAGAGAGAGAGAGAGAGAGAGAGAGAGUCGUCAAGAGGCAGUGAGAGAGAGCAAGGCGGGGAGGGAGGGGGAGAUGGGGAUGCGGGUGCCCGGGUGGGUUGGGGGCCUGGUGGAGGAGAGCUUCUUCGUGGGGUGCGAGGCGCACGAGAGCCGCAGGAAGAACGAGAAGAACAUCUUCUGCCUCGCCUGCUGCACCAGCAUCUGCCCGCACUGCGCCCCCGCCCACCGCCACCACCCACUCCUACAGGUGCGGCGAUACGUGUACAAUGACGUCGUCCGCCUGGGCGAGCUCGAGAAGCUCAUCGACUGCUCCUAUGUCCAGCCCUACACGAUCAACAGCGCGAAGGUUAUCUUCCUGAAGCCGAGGCCUCAGUCCAGGCCAUUCAAGGGCUCCGGCAACGUCUGCCUCACAUGUGACAGGAUCCUCCAGGAGCCCUUCCACUUUUGCUGCCUCUCCUGCAAGGUGGACCAUGUGGUGGAGCAGGGAGGGGACCUGUCCAAUAUCCUGCUGUAUCGCGCCGGCGACGAGCUCCCUUUCCCGCGCUUCGAGAACCUCCACGUCGGCGACGGUGACUCGGGGCAGGUCACGCCCAACUCCAUCCUUGAGAACCCGCUGCACCACCGCAACGGGUACGGUGGCGGCAGCGGCGGGUCCAGCGACAAUGCCGGCAACGGCAACGGCAACGGCCAUGGCGGCGGCGGCGAGCCGGCGGUGGUGAAGAGGAAGAAAGGGGGAGGGUUCUUCCCCAAGAUGGUGCUGUCACUGGGCAGCAGGAGGAAGGGUGCACCCACCCGAUCCCCCCUAGCCUGAGAACUCCCACGUUUGCAUGCCCCGCCCCACCCCAACCCCCCCUAUAUAUGUGUCACCAUGCUGUUAAUUAGUUCCCGUAGCUAGCCAGUGUUAGUCCCCUAUUGGCGGUCGUAGCUGGAGCAUUAUAUUAGUAGUGGUGUGUGUGCUAUAGUCCUAUGUAGAGUGUGUGUGCCUGGUUGGUUUGGGAGGGGCCUGAUGGUGAUCCAUCGAGAUGGAGGGCCACUUCUAGGAGCCGUAGCUAGGCGAGAAAGUGUUUUGGUGAGAAAAGAGACGAGAAGAGAAGAGAGGAAGAGAGAAGAAUGGGGAAAGCGGUUCCCCCUGUUACAUGGCCUAGGUAGGCACGGGUGCUUGUGCGGGGCCCACAAUGCAUGCAGGAGGGCAGGCAUGCAGGCUCCCCACAAGGGUGCCUACCAAUUUUGUAUUAUGAUGUAACAGGGGCGUCCACACCCCCUAACCAUAUAUACAUCCCCCAUAUAUAUGUGUGAAUUGUUCAUGUUUUUGUA